AUGAAGCUCGUACGCUUUCUUAUGAAAUGCGCGAAUGAAACCGUGACAAUCGAACUGAAAAAUGGCACUAUCCUCCACGGCACCAUAGCUUCCGUUUCGCCGCAAAUGAACACGGCGCUGCGCACAGUCAAGAUGACGGCAAAAGGCCGUGACCCGAUCUCCCUUGACACAAUAAACAUUCGUGGAUCUACCAUCAGAUAUUACAUCCUCCCUGACAGCCUUCCGCUAGACACAUUACUCGUGGACGACACGCCCAAGCCCAAGAACAAAGCUAGAAAGGAGGCAGAUCGCGGACGGGGGGGAAGAGGUGGCGGCGGAAGAGGUCGAGGCGGUGGACGGGGUAGAGGAAGGGGACGGGGUCGAGGGUUCUGA